UUAAAUUACUUCAAGGUAUCAGGUUAGGCUCAUAUGCCUGGGUGCUGAUUCACAAAGAACAUAAAUGCUAUAAUAUUGGCAGAUUCUUUUUCAGAAGUUCUUUGGAAAAUUUCGCUAAAAAGUGUUACUUUCUGCUAGAUCCUUUACCGCAUUGCUCCAACAAGGAAGUAGUCCCAAGCAUGAAUACUCUGCUUCUGUUUAUGAUUGUGCUAGGUAUAUCCUUUGCUUCUCCAAUCAAAAGAAGCAUAAAUUUGCUUGGAAGUGGCUAUGAGGAAAAUGUUGCCAAUGUUAAUGCCAUUAAUGCAAACACAGAAAUCUUAAGCAAUGGCUCUGGGAAUGCUGAGAGGAACCAACAGAAUGGCAAGAAUGAAAACAAUGAGCACCCAGAAGGAGCAACAUUCAGUAAUUAUACACGAGGACCCAAUCAAACUGGAGAGGUGUCUGCAAUUGAUAUUAACAAUCCCCAGGGGGCUUAUGAGGAUAAACUCAAUAAUCAACCAGCCCCUGAGGACCCUGCUAAUACCCACGGAACACAAAACACUGAUCAAAAUGCUGAGCUCCACACAGGGAAAGGAAUUUAUCAUCAUCAUUUAGACCUUCAUGUGAACACAAACGGCACCAGUGAACACAAUUCAUCUGAACAUUUGCCAGGGAAAAACAGUGUUUAUGGUUCAGCAUGGGCAGAAAAGGGUUUUGCACCUGAGGAUGCAGAGCUCUCCACUGACAAACAAGAUGCUAUAGAAGCCCACAAUGACAGUGGCUUUAAUGUAGGGGAAAAGGAUGAGGAUAUGGAUAAUGGCCACCAUCAUUCAGACAAGUGUUAUUUUAACAAUGAAGGCAUGCAAAGGGUUGAUUUAGGUAAUGCUGGUGAUAGUGCUGACUCUAACUCUAGUCAGCAGGAAGAAAGCAAUAGCGACUCUGUACAAUCCACUCCAAAACACUGCAAGAGUAUCCCCAGUGAAUCAAGGAGUAAAUCUGCUCAUCAGAAUACUAGUGUGUCCAUCAGCCCCAGUGCCGCUAGCUCCUUCAGCGACCCCAGUGCCUCAAGUGACUCCAGUGACUCCAGUGCCUCAACUGAUUCCAGUGCCUCAAGUGACCCCAGUGCCUCCAGUGAUUCCAGUGACUCCAGCAACACCAAUGCCUCAAGUGACUCUAGCGACCCCAGGGCCUCAAGUGACUCCAAUAAUUCCAGAGAAUCCAGCAGCUCCAGUAAUUCCAGUGAAUCCAAUGAAACAAGAUAGUAAAGUUCAAGAAGUCAAUAGUGACAUUCCAAAGGCAUCAGAUACCAGUCGCUGGCAAAACAGAGAAAAAGGCAAUAGCCUACAAACAGGUAUCAGUGAAAAUAAUUCGAUGAUUCAAGUAACUAAAACUAAAUUGGUAAAUGGUAACAACCACAGCGGAAAAGAUACUCCUCCAAUAGUAUCCCAGAAUAAGGACUGUAGCUCUCUAGAGGACUCCACACAAUUUGCUUUGGUGGUUACCUAAUUUCAUUAAUGUUAAGGCUUUUUAUAAUGAAAGAGAAUAUUGUGUUGCAUUAACAAGCAUAUUUGCCUUCUCCCUUUGCAGCCUGUGGUUCAAAUUCUGUUUUCACUGACACCUGUACAACCCCAGCGACUUGGGUGUCACUUGGAGAUGAAUUUGUUUCAAAUUCAAAUCGUUGCAGAAUGUUUCAAUGACAUUGUGUAACUGUGCCUUGUAGCCUAGAGCUGCAGAAUCUUAGUGUAAUUUAAUAUUUCAAAUUUUCUUUACACAUUUGUAAUUUCUUAAUCAGAACUACAGGAAAGAUUGUUGUUUACCAUGCUGUGUCAAACACAUUUCCCACUGCUGCCUUGUAUCACUGUUAUCUCUAAUCUAUUCAUUCUCUCCAGCUACUCUUCAGCCUUAUCUAUUUGCUGUAGUACUAGAAUAUCCCACGGUGAUGUGCAUUAGAAAGAAAGGGGUGGUUUGGUGGAAUACGUGAAUUUAGCAGGUAGCACCAGUCCAGUCUCUACUGAGUCUAUCACAUGACAGAAAGCACAUGUAGUACUAAGUGAUACGCUUGUUGGUGUAAUGACCACAACAUUCUCUGCUGUAGCUGGCCUUUAUCGGUCAUAAUUGAGGCAUAUUAGUGGAGCAACAUUGGAGGGACUGUAGUACUGAGGUGGCAGGGGAAGUUUGGUCUCUAAUAUAAUAGUUCUCCAUAGUCCUAUUACAGAUAGUCUUACAAAUGAUGUUUAACUAAAUGUAUAGGCAGUUAGAUCUUGGAGAAAGGCUUGUUCUUACAUUGUGCUGCCAUUCUUUUUUUAGAAAUUGUGAGCAUUACCAGUAAAAUUGGCUUCUUCUAAUGAACUCUUGCUGACUAGACAUUUACUUAGGUGCACAGUUGCUGUCUUCAGGAUAUACCUCCACAAAAAAUGGAAAUCAUUACAAGGUCAGGAAAACAUCACAUUCAAAAAGCUGUCAAUCUGGCAUCUUUACAAACAGCUACCACUGACAUCAGUGAGGUUUGAGGAUGCUCAGAACCUCUGGAAAUCAGGCCAGUGGUCCCUGCCCCAAAAGUCUUAAAAUCUAAUUAGACAUCAGGCAGACAGUGACUGACAGACAAUUUGUGACAGUAACAAACAACAGAGGGAACAGUGGAGAGGGAAAGAAAACAGUGAAAGGAACAAGAUCACAUGGUUACUCAGCUACAGUACAUGUAUUCCUUGGCAGGUCCAUGUAAGUUAAUUUGGUUAUGGUGGAUUAACUCAUUUGCUGUAGGCAUUUCUAUAAAUGAUGGGGGAGAUUGUGAUUGUCUUAUUCACACAAGUGAACAGUUCUUCAUGGGACUUCAGUGAAACUACUGAAAUGAGUCACUGCUUGCUACCGUUAUUGAACUGGAUUUAAUUCUAUGGCCUAUGCUAUAUAGGGUGUCAGAUAAUCACAACCUUAAAAUCCAUGAGGCUGUGACAGUUUAUAACAGCUCAAGAUCAGCCCCUUUGAAUUUGAGUAAGGGGUUCACAAUCUGCCCCUAUAUUUGUAAAGACCACCAUGAAAAAAGUGAAAGAUCUGUAGCAUAUAUUAAAAAAGAUGAUUAUAAUAAACAAACCACCCUCUUUCACUUUCAUGAGUGCUUUUGUUUUUCUUUUCUUAUUUCUGGAAUUGUGGUUUCCUUUCAGAAUAGCUCUAGGGUGUGGAAACACAUGCAUAUAACAGAGCUAGUGGCUUAAGGCUGUCAAAAUGACAAUCACCGCCUUGACCUGCCAUGAGGCACAGAGAACAAAAAUUCAUUCUUCUUUCACCAUGCUACAAAAAUAAUAAUUAAAACUCUACAUACAAACUGUGUCCCCAAAAGCAAUACCAUAGAUUUAGCUUUAGAAAGCUUUGGCAAUUAAAAAAUAUACCAUGCCACUGCUCUGCCAAGUUUAUCAAUUCCAGACACUAACAUUUAUAGUGCUGGCAAUAAUUUUCAGCCACCUUUCAAGCACCAAACAUUGAAAUUAGUGGAGAUACCAGCUGCCACUAAAUAAAGCCUGGGGCUUUUGGGUGUUGCUAACUCCAGUUUCAGAGUAGCACCAAUAUCUGAGUGGAGUGACCUUUCUGCUCUCCCCACAAAAUUAGCAGGGUUGGUUUUGAAAAGCAAUGAUUUACUAUGGUUUGGUUUCAUAUAGGAGUAAUCUACCAAGCUUCAUGUUCCUUCUUUGGGCUACAUGAAGGACAUGCCUCCAAAGAAGCAUCUUGAGUAUUUUUUUCCCCACUUCCCUCCCUGAUUUUCUCACUAAAAUGUUUAAUCAGCAAAAAUACAAUGUAUUUAUAGAUAAGAAAACAGAAAUGGAAAAAUACAGUUUAAAUUCAUGUAUACUGUGCCAUGAACAUGCCCGGAUAUUAUUUUAAAAUAUAUCUUUAUACUUUCUUACUCCCAAAAACAUUUUUCUAGUUACACAUGUAUGUUUUCUAUUGCUAGGAUUAUUCACCUUAGUAAAUCACCAAAUGGGGUUUCAAUGGUGGGCAAGCGUUUGAAGAAGAGAAAAUGAACUCUCACUAUGAAUAGGGGAGAAUCACUUCUUAUAUGAACCUUGUGAUUUCUAUGUACUCAAGGGAGGGAGCAGGGUUUGGAUUUUUACAACCAUUCAACUCUGAUCUAACUCUGCUCCCAUUAAAGUCAAUGUAAGAUUUUUUCUUUCUUUUUUUUUCUUUUUUCUACUUCAAUGGGAACAAAGUUAGGCCAACACCAAGCACUGGAAAAUCCCACCCUAUGCUUUUAUGAUGACUGUUAACUAGAGAU